GCUACACCUGCUUAUAUGUGCCCGCGUCACCAGCCAAGCAGAGAGGGAACCACUGCAGCUGAAGCAAGGACAACUCGGAGUCGGGGCAACAGAGAGGAAGAGAGAAGAAAAGAUACUUCAGGAGAAGAUCCAGACUAUAGAAUGACGUCGGUCAGAAUCUUCAGCUAUGUCUGCCUCCUAGUACUAAUCUACGCAUGCGUGGAGGUAACGCGUGCGCAGGAGGAGGAAGACGUGGAAGCGCCAGAAGAAGGAAAAUACUACAAAAAUCUGGCAAACUACCUUCGUCUGCUCACAAGGCAAAGGUAUGGUCGGCGGUCUGCUCCUGACUACGGCAGUAGGACGCUGUACCGCCACCCUCCUCCCUACCCACAGGACAUCGUGCACACCCUGGACAUGGAUGGAGAUGGAAAAAUCUCGCCGUACGAGUUGAGCAGAAUCCUCUAGCAGCAGGCAGCAGACGACAUCAUAUCUAGUCACGUGACUGUCACCUAGCAACCCAUCCAAGGAAUUUCAGCCCCGGUUACUUCCGAUUGAAUCAGAAUACAGAAGCGAAAUAUGAAGAAAAAAAUCCUUUACAUAGACUACGUUACAGAUAGCGUUCAUCGUUAUACAGAGGAAUUUAUAUAAAGAAAUGUAUAAACUUUGUAGAAUAUACGGUGGGUGUUGCAGUAUGUGCGGUAGAUCUCAAGCUACCAUUGUGUACCCGAUCCGAACACCAUUGAAAACCGGUUCAUUGUGGAACAAAGUUGUACGACUGGUAUACCGUAUAGGGGCUGAUAUUUGGGCAGCAGCAUAAUAAUAAACACAGGACUUCAUUCUA